UAGCCACUAGGCGGCUUUUUGUGCUCGACGCUAGCGGUAACGCGAGCUUCUCUGAGUUCUCGCGAUACUUUCCGAGAGGUUAGAGUGCACUGCUCCAUGUGCGCGUGUGUUCAUGGGCAAGAGGAAGGCAUCCCGGAACACAUGCAGUUAAAAUCCAAAAUAGUGGAAGAAGCCUGAAGAAUGAGCUUGUCAAGUUUAUUACAUUAUUAGACAAAAACGUGAGAUGCUGAAAUUCUGUCAGCUUGUCAGUGUUUUAAGCAUUCAGCGUUUAAAGUCAGCUGGGAAACCCAAAGCUUGGUGCAGGAUAGAAAGGUUUCGUGGACUUUGUGUGCAGCCCAGGAAGAUGUCUGAGGAAGAAAAUCAGAAUCACAGCAACAUGACAAAGCUGAAAAGAGCUCCAGAAAGCACUGAGGUAGAGACUGAAGCUAAAAGGCUGAAAACAGACGAGGGGAAGACUGAUGAGGAGAAAAGAUUCCCAAAAAGAAAAGUUGUCCUCCUCAUGGCCUAUUCGGGCAAAGGAUACUAUGGAAUGCAGAGGAAUCCUGGAAAUUCCCAGUUUAAAACUAUCGAAGAUGAACUGGUCACUGCGCUCAUCAAAGCUGGGUGUAUUCCCGAAAAUCACGGAGAUGAUAUGAAGAAGAUGUCUUUCCAGAGAUGUGCCAGGACUGACAAGGGUGUUUCUGCAGCCGGCCAGGUCGUAUCUCUAAAGCUGUGGUUGAUCGAGAACAUUCUGGAAAAGAUCAACACCCACCUUCCACCACAGAUUAGAGUUUUAGGUUUGAAGAGAGUCACAGGCGGCUUUAACUCCAAAAACAACUGUGAUGCCAGGACCUACUCCUACAUGCUUCCCACUAUUGCGUUCUCUCAAAAAGACACUGACCAAGAGGACACGUCAUUCCGCUUGGACACAGAGACACUUCAGAAGGUUAACAAGCUCUUUGCGCUCUACAAAGGCACCCAUAAUUUCCACAACUUCACAUCACAGAAGGGCCCUCGGGACCCGAGCGCUAAACGCUAUAUCACGCAAAUGUCCUGUGGAGAACCAUUUGUCAGGCAGGGGGCGGAGUUUGCCGUGAUCACAGUGCGAGGCCAGAGCUUCAUGAUGCACCAGAUCCGGAAGAUGAUUGGAUUGGUGAUCGCUGUAGUGAAAGGAUACGCACAAGAAGAGAUCAUUGAAAGAAGCUGGGGUGAAGAGAAGGUCGACGUGCCCAAGGCUCCUGGGCUCGGCCUGGUGUUGGAGCGGGUGCACUUUGACCGGUACAACAAGCGUUUCGGGGGAGACGGUCUUCAUGAGACCCUGGAGUGGCAGCAAGAAGAGGACGCUAUAGCUGCCUUUAAGGAAGCACACAUUUACCCGAGUAUAGUGGAGACGGAGUGUCAGGAGAAGUCUAUGAUCAGCUGGAUGAGUACACUUCCUAUUCAUGAUUUUACCGCCACGGCAACCGGCAAGCAAGAACGCAAGGAUGAAGAUGAAGAUGGAAAUGCUUCAGACUGAGACAUCUGAAAAUCUUUUUUUUUUGUUUCUUUCUUUAAAAAAAAACUGUUUUGUUUUUCCAUGUUCCAGUGUUUUCAAUAUUACACUUUUGAAAUAAAUCUUUUUAUUUUA